AUGUCAUCAGUGGGACAAUUAGUCCCACAGGUGACCCGAGCCCCUCCCAAUAUGACAAUCAAAUUCAAUGGGCCCCACAUUGAGGGGUCUUUUUGCACUUCAAUUGACUAUAACUAUGACCCCAUCAUUAGUGUCAUCUGUGCAAUGUAUAUUGCUUUUGGCAUUGUGUAUACAUUGUUUGGAUACAGAUGCUUUAAGGCUAGCAUGUUCCUCACUGGUUUCACAUUUGGUUCUGCCAUAGUUUACUUAAUAUGUCUGCAGGAAUAUUUGAUGCCCCCCUAUGGUAAUGUUGGUGUAGCACUUUGCGCUGGUUUACUCUUUGGUCUCAUCACUAUGCUGAUUCAGUAUGUUGGACUCUUCAUGACUGGUUUUCACACAGGCCUGUUACUUGCGAUCGGUGGUCUGGCCGUUUAUGACCACUUCCUUGACAGUAGGCCAACAACAUACUGGUUGUGUGUAGUGGUGUUGUUGACUUCUGGGAUUUUCUUCGCUGUCAUCAAUUUGUAUUGGAAAAAAGUGCUCACAAUAUUCGGAACCAGUGUUUAUGGAGGCGCUGUGAUCGCCACUUCGCUGGACUACUUCUUCGAGAGGAUGAUGAUGCUCAAAUGGUUGUGGGAGCGCGCUAAGCUCGAGCCGGCAGUGGCACCGCCUUGCCGUCUGUCGUGGCUGACACUGGCUGCGUGGCCGGCUGCCGCUAUAGUGGGACUGACUGCCCAGUGCGCGCUCACCGCGACCGGCAUCUACCACGAGCAGAGUAUAAGUGCUCAGAAGCGUCGUUUGAAAGCGCAACAGACGCGGCCGGUGACGCGCGAACAGCGAGCUGAGAUGAAGCAGCGCAAGUACCGGUAUCUAUAUCAGGUCCGCACCGCGCACGGAGACGUUAUAUCGCAGUCGUACGUGCAAGCGCUCCAGAAGAAGGCCCAAUGCGGCAACUGGAGCGGCAGCGGCAGUGGCGGAGGCGGCGAGUGCAGUACCCUGCAAUCUGACUCCACGCACCUCACCGUACUAGCGGGCUCCGAGCACGCGCCGCCCACCGACUCGGACGACGACCUUCACCAGAUACGGGCCGCGCACUAG